AUGUCCAACUACGCGCUUCCAAAGUCCCACCAGGACCUCAUGGAGAAGUCCCUGGUGGACACUGACCAGGAGGUCGCUCAGAUCAUGGAGAAGGAAAUUCAGCGUCAACGCGAGUCCAUUCUUCUGAUCGCCUCGGAGAACGUUACUUCCCGCGCCGUCUUUGAUGCGCUCGGCUCACCCAUGUCCAACAAAUACUCCGAGGGCUACCCCGGUGCCCGCUACUACGGCGGUAACGAGCACAUUGACUCGAUCGAGCUGCUCUGCCAAAAGCGUGCUCUUGAGACCUUCCGCUUGGACCCCGAGAAGUGGGGUGUCAAUGUUCAAUGCUUGAGCGGUAGCCCAGCAAACCUUCAGGCUUACCAGGCCAUUAUGAGGCCGCACGACAGGCUCAUGGGUCUUGACCUGCCCCACGGUGGACAUUUGAGCCACGGCUACCAAACACCCCAGAGGAAGAUCUCAGCCGUUUCCACAUACUUUGAGACCUUCCCCUACCGCGUCAGCCUCGAGACCGGCCUUAUCGACUACGACCAGCUCGAGCAAAACGCCCUCAUGUACCGUCCCAAGGUCCUUGUCGCCGGUACCUCUGCCUACUGCCGUGAGAUUGACUACAAGCGCAUGCGCGAGAUUGCCGACAAGGUCGGUUGCUACCUCCUCAUGGACAUGGCUCACAUCUCUGGCCUCAUUGCUGCUGGUGUCAACAAGUCGCCCUUUGAGUACUGCGACAUUGUCACCACCACUACUCACAAGUCUCUCCGUGGUCCCCGUGGUGCCAUGAUCUUCUUCCGCAAGGGUGUACGCAAGACCGACCCCAAGACCGGCAAGGAGACCCUGUACGACCUUGAGGGACCCAUCAACUUCUCCGUCUUCCCUGGUCACCAGGGUGGCCCACACAACCACACCAUCACUGCGCUGGCUGUUGCCCUCAAGCAGGCCCAAUCAGAUGACUUCAAGCAGUACCAGCAGCAGGUCAUCAAGAACGCCAAGGCUCUCGAGGUUGCUUUCAAGUCAAUGGGCUACAAACUCGUCACUGACGGCACUGACAACCACAUGGUUCUCCUUGACCUGAAGCCCUUCUCCCUCGAUGGUGCACGUGUCGAGGCUGUUCUCGAGCAAGUAAACAUUGCUUGCAACAAGAACACCACCCCUGGUGACAAGUCCGCUCUUACCCCCAUGGGUAUCCGUAUCGGCGCCCCUGCCAUGACUUCUCGUGGUCUCGGCGAGGAGGACUUCAAGAAGAUUGCCAACUACAUUGACACUUGCAUCAAGCUGUGCAAGAAGAUCCAGAGCGAGCUUCCCACGGAGAACAACAAGCUCAAGGACUUCAAGAGCAAGGUUGCUUCUGGCGAGGUCCAAGAGAUCAACGACCUUAAGAAGGAGAUUGCCACCUGGGCUGUCACCUUCCCUCUGCCCGUCUAA